AUUCGUUCGGUUCUGGGGAGUGUCGGGAGUGUCUGAAGGCCUGUAUCAGUGACUGUUGAUCGUACACUUUUCUAUCGUUUUUAUCAAUAAUAAUUAUGGAUCCCGCGGUCUUCCCGGAAGAAAUUUGGAUUAAGAUUUUAUUAUACUGCGAUGUACCUGACAUUAUUGCGUUCGGCAGCACCUGCAAAUACUUAAGGAAAACAUCGGACACCGAUUAUCUGUGGAAAAUGAAAUGGCUGCAGCUGAUUUCAAAGGUACACUUUAAAUUCCCAGACAUAAAAUGUCUACAGUUACUUAGUGUCAGUUUCAAAGCCAUGUGCUAUAGAUUGCAUAUGGUAAUAACACUGGGAGAAAAUGUACCUUUUCCAAAAUGUUACCACUGUAGUAGCUACACAUGUCAAAGGAACUGUGUAGAAGGUUCUAGUGCUAAAGUGGUAAUUGAGAUUGGUAAUAAGUAUACAUGGGUUAUUACACCAUUCUUUGGACUAAGAAGACAUUUUUCAAUGUUUGGUAUUCCAAGAUAUAACAAUAAAACUCAUGUGGAACAAACACAGACGCAAAAUAUUCCUAGUAGUAGCACACGCUCAAAACCUGAAACAAAGUCACUAGCAAAGAGAUUGAAGUUGUUGAAACUAUCAGAAUUAGCAACUGCUAAAAUUCCACGGCCGAGUGGUCCAUUUUGCGUUUUUUGCAACCCUGUAAAACUAUAUAGAGAGAAGCGAAGAUUAGUUACGCAUCAAAAUGAUCCAUUGUGUUACACCAGACCAAACCCUAUCUAUCAGAAGCUCAUAAAUGGUUAUUGCACCGACACAGUCGAAGUUCUCGGUAUUCCAAAUGUGGAUAUCGUGAGUCCGGCGGAGGCAUUACUGUGCGAAGGCACAUUCCCAGUUCUUAAGACCUUCAUUGAUCAUUUGUUUCAUCAAAUGAGUUUAACUACAACAUUAAGAAAGCCAAAUACUGUACUCAUGUUUUGCGAACCAUUGGCUAUGCAACCAACAUUGAGGAAACAACUAUUGCAUUAUUUGUUCCAAGAGGUUAAAGUAGCAAGAGUAUGCCUGGUACCUAAACCUUUGGCAGCAUGUGCCAUGCUGGAUGUCGAAACUUGCGUGGUAGUCGACAGUGGUGCUUUAAGCACGACGGUAGCUGUCGUAAUUGGAGGUCGGGUUAUACCACAGCGCUGGAGGUUGCUGCCUGUAGGUGGUUGGCACGUUGCUUAUCAUUUGAAGCAAGCUUUGCACUGGCAACCAAAGGAAUAUCAUCAAAUUCCUAUAUCGUAUCUAGAUAUUCUGGCUGUUAAAGAAAGAUGCAGGUUGAGUUAUAACAUUAAGAAUGAGGAGAAACGUCUGGGACCGAAGGCAAGAGAGCAUAUUAAUCUUCGAGUUGACAGUUACGCAGACUAUAAGCAAUUUUGGAGAGUAUCUUUAGGAUCUGAAUUGUACAUAGCUCCUGAAAUGAUGUAUAUCAGUCUUGGUCUGCCCCAAGUUAUAAAAGAUGUGACUUCGGGAUUGUCGGAAGAUGAAAUGCACGAUUGUCUUUCACAUAUUCUACUUACCGGUGGAAAUACAGAUCUUUCGGGUUUCGAAUUAAGGCUUACUAAAGAUUUAGUUGAGUUAUUGCCGGAAUAUAGCCAUAUUUUAGAUGUGAGAAGUUGUCCUGGUACACACAGUUGGAAUGUCGCAAUGGGAUCUACAUAUGUGCCUUUAGCUGUGCAUCCGGAUAAAACUCCUCCGGAAUAUAUUGAAGGUAAUCCAUUUUGGCUGUCACGAGAGGAAUAUGUAUUGUUUGGAUGUGAAUCUCUAGAACACAAUAAUGAAGAUAUAAUAGGUGAUACUUUAUAAUAUUAAUGCCUCACUCAAAUAUAACAAUAAGAUGCGCGCGAUUACAUAAUGCAUAAUAUUGAGAAAGUAAAUGUUACCAUCAUUAAGUAUAUAUUUUCUCUUAUAUUGUCUAUAAAUUGAAGAAAUUGUUUAAAUAGUUGAAGGGGCCUGAAACAUUCCAAAGUAUAACUAGUAUGUUCACUAUUUAAGGGCACCUGAAUGUGUUUCUCAAAUUAUGCUAUUUAAAAUUUGUUUACUAUGCUAACAUAGUACACAUGUAAGAUAUAUACUAGAUGUUCUAUUUUCCAAUCUAUGCCAAGUGAAAUGUUUGAAAUAAGAAAAGAUACGAAAGACUUUAUGUUAAUUUAAUUUUUUAUUUAUUUUAUAUCGAAUAUUUUGUCAAAAGAAAAAAAGUCCUUUUGUAUAAAUGCGAUUAACAUAGACAUUUUUAGCUUUAUUUGAAUAUUAAUUAAAAAGAUGUGUGUGCGUACGUGUGUGUGCGCAUGCGCGUGCGCGUGUAUGUAUAUAGGUGUUCUACACUAUCGUAAAAUAUUCUAAUAUUAUAUUCUGAGAAAGUUAGAAUUGAAAAUUCUAUUACAAAAAUUAAUAUAUUGGAUAAUCAAUGUAUUCAGAUUCAUAAUUAUGCGUAUCGAUUAUUCAUUUGUUAUUGAUUUUCACAGCUUAACCGAUAUAUAUUUUUUUGAAUUAUAUAAUAUGUAAUAAAAAAGAAACACUAUAUAUAAAUAAUUUUACGAUUUGUUACUUAUAUUUCGUACAAGGACUAGAUUUUUUGCAUAGAUAAAAGGAACAUCUUGUAUAUAUGCUCUAAAACUGCCCCCAUUAACUUCAAAACUUGUGGCAUUUAAAUUUUCACAUAUACUCUAUAUCUAUUAUUAGAAAUAUUAAUAGUAUUUCAGAAAAAUAUAAAGCUUUAUAUAAAGCUAAUUGAUAAUUGCAGUAGUUUCGUACAUUCGUUACUAGCUAUGUCAGGACUAUUUAGCACUUGAUGCUAUUCAAGUCAGUGCAAUGUUACAUGUUGAUGGCAUGAAUAUUUUAAAGCUGCAAUAUGAAAUUUUAGUGCCAUCUAAGCAAGUUUAAAUCAUAAAGCUAUUAUUUUUUAUGUACAUAGCACAUCUAGUGAAUUGUUUUGUAAAUAUAGAAUAAUGAAGCUGCUUAAAACAGAUCAUUAUAUCGAUAAACGUCAAACAAGUAUUAUAUAUAAUGCUGAAUAUAGUAUUUCCAAAAAUUGUUCACUAUUUCGUACAUUUAUAUCACAGAAAUCUUGCCAAAAGAAGUAUGUGAAUGUUAAAGAGAGAAAGCGUAGAAACACAUUUCUAGUCACUUUAGAUAUAAGUAGAUUUAAAUAUAGAUUCAGUAAAAUGAGAGAUUUCUCCCCCCCCUCCUACUCUCUCUCUCCCCCUCCUCUCUCUCUCUCUCUCACUCCUUUUCUU